AUGUCCGAGCCCCUUAGCGUGGUUUGCGUGUCUGUGCUGACGAGAGUCGAGAUCGACGCGCUGUCUGGCGAGACGUGCAUCUUGCGCGCCGACCUGCUGAUGGACCAGGGGACCCCCCUCAACCCUGAGAUCGACCUCGGGCAGGUCGAGGGGGGCUUCGUCAUGGCGCUCGGCCUCUUCUUCUCUGAGGUCGUCUCCCACUCGCCGAGCGGCGCGCCGACGACGCUCGGCACGUGGGAGUACAAGGUGCCGGCUGUGCACGACAUCCCCCUCGAGCUCAACGUCUCCUUCCUGCCGCGCGCGCCCAACCCGGCCCCGGGCGCGACGCUGCACUCCAAGGCGUCUGCGGAGCCGCCGAUGGCGCUCGCCGCCGCCGCCUUCCUCGCCGCACGCGCCGCGAUCCUCGCGGCGCGCGCCGACGCGGGAGACGCGUCCAAGCAGCCCCCGCUCCACGUCGAUGCGCCGCUGACUCCGGCGGCCGUCCAGGCGGCGUGCCUCGUCGACACGUCGCAGUUCGUCCUCCGGUAG